UAUAGAUUAGUCGAAAGAUCUGUCGAUGAUUUGGAGAUCAUUUAUGAAGAAUUGUUACAUAUAAAAGCAUUGUCACACCUGUCAAACAGUGUCAAGAAAGAGUUGGCGAGUGUCUUAUGCUUCGAAUCUCAUCCUAGAGCUGGAACCGUUCUAUUUAAUCAAGGAGAUGAAGGAAAAUCUUGGUAUAUUAUACUUAGAGGAUCGGUAAAUGUGGUUAUUUAUGGAAAGGGUACAGUUUGCACCUUACAGGAGGGUGACGAUUUCGGAAAACUGGCAUUAGUAAAUGAUGCACCGAGAGCAGCAACAAUAGUCACAAGAGAAGAUAACUGUCAUUUUUUAAGAGUGGAUAAAGAUGAUUUCAACAGAAUACUCAGGGACGUUGAAGCCAACACAGUCAGGUUAAAAGAACAUGGUCAAGAUGUCCUAUUGCUUCAGAAAAUACCAACAGAUGGUCGCCAGAGUGACGGUUCCCAUUCCCAUUAUAAAUACACAGUGAUGGCAGGAACACCACAGAAGAUGCUGGAACAUCUUUUAGAAACUAGAAUAGAUACAAGAAGCGAAGAUAGCUCAGAUACAUUUCUAGAAGAUUUUCUUUUAACUCACGUCAUCUUCAUGCCAAGUCAUCAGUUCUGUCCAGAAUUAAUGAGGCAUUAUAAGAUAGAUGAGGCGAAUUCCAGACAGGAAAAGGAAUUUAUUCUUGCAAAUAAGAGAAGAGUUGUGCAAUUUACUCAUAUAUGGGCCACAACGAUACGAGAUGCUUUUUUCGAAGAUACUAGCAUCUUCUCCUUUCUCCAUGAGCUGCAAGAAGCUGUCGUUGAAGAUUGUAAAAAGUAUAGAGGUCUUCAAGAAGAAUUAAAAUGCAUUACGGCCAUUAUAGAAGCUAGAGAAAAAUUUCACCAAAAAAUAGAAUCGGAAGGACCACAAAAGUGGAAAUGUGGACCUUACGGGCAAAUUCGUUCUUUAACAUCAGGAAGCACACAAGAUGGAGAGAUCGAACCAGGAAGGAAAACAAUCAGAGCUACCGACGAAAUUAUAUUUAGAGUUUAUUGCGCUGAUCACACGUAUACAACAUUGAAGACAGUGGUGGGUGCCACAGCCGAGAUUAUCAAGAGAAGCGCUGCUGAAAAACUUGGAUUAAAGGACGAUCUGGUUUUAGUUGAAGUGAAAUCAACCGGUGAGAGAGUGGUUUUUAAAGAUGCAGAAGUAAGUGUAUCAACAGGUUUAUCCAUCAAUGGACGAAUUUUCUUAUCUCCGUCCGACCACCAGGACGCCUUAACUCCAUUACAAGAACAAGACGGACCAUUGGAAGGCACGGGGGCUAUCUUAGAGACUUUGAGUUCAUACGAUAUUGCAUAUAACAUGACUAUAUAUGACUGGGAUCUAUUUUGUUGCGUUCAUGAGUACGAGUUAAUAUAUCAAGUAUUUGGAAGACAUCAGUUUAGAAAGAUUAUGUCAAAUUUGGAUGUUUUUCUUAGAAGAUUUAACGAAGUGCAGUACUGGGUCGUGACAGAAAUGUGCUUAGCAACAUCCCUUGGAAGAAGAGUACAGUUGUUAAGGAAAUUUAUAAAAAUUGCUGCUCAUUGCAGAGAAAAUCAGAAUUUGAACACGUUCUUUGCUGUAGUAAUGGGAUUAAGUAAUGUUGCAGUCAGUCGACUCUCACAAACAUGGGAGAGGCUUCCUAAUAAAUUUAAACGUACUUUUGCGGAAUUUGAAACUUUAAUUGAUCCUUCGAGGAAUCAUCGAAGGUAUAGGUUAUCUGUAAAUAAAAUGGAUCCCCCCAUAAUUCCGUUUAUGCCCUUGCUCCUGAAGGACAUGACCUUCUCGCACGAGGGCAAUAAGACGUAUCUGGAGGGAUUAGUCAAUUUUGAGAAAAUGCAUAUGAUUGCCCAAACUCUUCGUUCAUUACGCCAAUGUAGAAGUCAGCCCAUGGUGCUAGAACCAUCUCAAUCAAGUAAAGCCCAAGUAGAAGUCAGCAAUUACAUAAGGAACUUUAGAGUGAUUGACAAUCAGCGAAGAUUGACACAACUAUCGCACAACCUUGAACCAAGACGUUCUUAGGGGAUUUGCAUUCAACAAUUUUUAUCGACAUAUCAUGAACUAUCUGAUGUCAGGGAACAAUGAAACAAAAAAUAAAGAUAAAGAAAGUAAGAUGAUGGAGAUCUUCAAAGUCAUUAAAAAAGUUAACUCUUCGGUACCAAAUUCUUGUUAGAAGUACGGGGAAAGGCGACAUUUUGUAUGUGUCCCAAGUAUUGUUAAUGGCAAAUUAUAAUAAAAUCUGAACCAUUUAAGAUAGUUGAAAGUAUUGUCUAGUGUUUAAAACAUCAUGGAAUGAUAGUUUGGAUAAUCUUUAGCAUAAAGUAAAGCAUAAGAUACUCAAUUUUUAAUGCUUUCUAUAUAUAUGCACAUUAAUAUUAUAUAGGGUGUUAAUAACGAUGCUAAUUCAAAGUUAUAAACAGUAAAUAAAUAAUAAAAUAAUUAAACAAUACAAUAAAAAUUUAAUUUAAAUAUUUAUAUAAUUUAUUUAUGAUUUGUUAAACAGCUUAUUAAACUGAAUCACAGAUACCUAUGCAAACCAAACAUUACAUAUCAAUAAAAGCAUAAAAAUAUAUGCUAAAGCUUAAUAAAAACUAUGCAAGGAUCAAAAAAAGUUGUUAGAAAGGAUAUAUAUAUAUAUAUUAAUUUUUUAUUGUGUAGAUAUUAAACGAUGAAAAAAUGAAAAAAACAGAUUAUAAAUUAUGCAAAGUUAUACAAAAAUUGAGUAUAUGGGACGUGAAAGUCGCCUUUUCCCCUCAGAAAAAACACAAAUUAAGGACUAUGAAGUCUCAGUAUAGUCCUUGCUAGUCUUCCAUUUUUAUUGCUACGCAGCCGGGUGCAAUAUAAAUAAAUAAAUAAAUAAAAAGUAAAUAAAUAAAUAAAAUAUAUAUAUAUA